AACGGCCUGGAUGUGGUAAAGCUCAGCGACCGCGACUUCCUGCGCAGUUUAGAAAACGCGAUCCGCUUCGGAAAGCCGUUCAUGUUGGAGAAUGUUGGGGAAGAGCUGGACCCGGCCCUGGAACCCGUAUUACUCAAACAGACAUACAAGCAGCAGGGGAGCACCGUCCUACGUCUGGGGGACGCCGUCAUCCCAUAUCACGAAGACUUCAGGAUGUAUAUAACCACCAAACUGCCGAAUCCCCAUUAUCCACCCGAGAUCUGCACCAAGGUCACCCUCAUCAACUUCACAUUGUCCCCCAGUGGUCUGGAGGAUCAGCUCCUUGGACAGGUAGUGGCGGAAGAGCGACCUGAUUUAGAAAGAAGCGAAGAACCAGCUAAUCUUGUCCAACGCUAAAAUGCGGCAAGAGUUGAAGGAAAUUGAGGAUCAAAUCCUGACCCGUCUCAGCUCCUCCCAG